AAUUAUUUAAAGAGUUUCGGCUACUUGAAAGAGGGGCUUGAGAAUGAUGAGGUAAGUUUGGAGGAUGCAGUCAAAACACUGCAACGAUUCGCUGGACUGAAGCAAACAGGCGCUCUUGACGACGCGACUUUGGAGUUGAUGAAGGUGUCGAGAUGCUCCUUACCAGAUAUGGAGGCAGGCGAUCAGAAAAGCAAACGAUUCGAAACAGUUUCCGAAGAAAAAGCAACGAUAAAAAUUUCAUUCGAGGCAGGCAACCACUCGGACAAAUAUCGUUUUGACGGAAAAGGUGGGGUUUUGGGACACGGAUUUUUCCCAACAACAGGUGUCGUGCACUUUGACGAUGACGAACUCUGGAGUAAUAACCGCAAAGAAGGAAAGCAGCUGGCCUGGGUAGCUAUUCACGAAUUUGGUCACGCUCUUGGUCUGAAUCAUUCCAAUGUGACCUCAUCAGUAAUGUUUCCGUACUAUAAAGGCUACAAAGAAAACAUCGAACUUCAGCAGGAUGACAUUGAUGGGAUCACAAGUCUCUACCCAAACUGA